GGACCUGCCAGUCAGAAGAGGAGGCGGCUCUUCCAGGUCAAGCUUGCAAGCUCCUUUCUGUAACUCAGCGGUCAUGGGAGUUUCUGUGUGAUGUGUUCUGCGUGACUCUACUGGGUGUUGUGAGAGAAGGUUAGUCAAGCUCAGAACUCCAAACGUGUGUCUUCGCUGGAUGCUGUGAAUUUAGCUUAAGCAAGCUCAGAACUUCACACAUGGAUUUAGUCACCUAUGAUGACGUGCAUGUGAACUUCACUCAGGAUGAGUGGGCUUUGCUGGAUCCUUCUCAGAAGAGUCUCUACAAGGGUGUGAUGCUAGAGACCUAUAAGAAUCUCACAGCUAUAGGUUACAUUUGGGAAGAACAUACGAUUGAAGACCAUUUUCAAACUUCUAGAAGUCAUGGAAGGCAUGAAAGAAGUUGUUCUGCAGAGCAACCCUCUGAGUUUAUUCAAUGUGGUAAAGCCUUUGCAUAUGAGAGUGGUAGACAAAGGCAUCAAAUUAAACAUAAUGGAGAGAAACACCAUGACUGUAACCAAUGUGGUAAGGACUUUAGAACAUGGAAUGUCCUGCAAAUACAUAAGCGAACACAUACAGGAGAGAAACCCUAUGACUGUAAACAAUGUGGUAAAGUCUUUGCAAGAAGCUGUCAUCUCCGAAUACAUAAGCGAACACAUACAGGAGAGAAACAGUAUAAAUGUAACCAAUGUGGUAAAGCUUUUAAAAGAAGGAGUGGCCUCCAAAUACAUAAGCGAACACAUACAGGAGAGAAACCCUAUGAAUGUAACCAAUGUGGAAAAGCCUUUGCAAGUAGUGGUGAACUCCAAAAACAUAAACGAACACAUACAGGAGAGAAACCCUAUGAAUGUAAACAAUGUGGUAAAGCCUUUUCACAAAGCAGUCAUCUCCGAAUACAUAAGCGAACACAUACAGGAGAGAAACCCUAUGAAUGUAACCAAUGUGGAAAAGCCUUUGCAAUAAGUGGUGACCUCCAAAAACAUAAACGAACACAUACAGGAGAGAAACCCUAUGAAUGUAAACAAUGUGGUAAAGCCUUUGCACAUAGCAGUCAUCUCCACAAACAUGAGCGAACACAUACAGGAGACAAACCCUAUGAAUGUAAACAAUGUGGUAAAGCCUUUGCAGUAAUCUAUACUCUCCAAAUGCAUAAGCGAACACAUACAGGAGAGAAACCCUAUGAAUGUAAACAAUGUGGUAAAGCCUUUGCAGUAAUCUAUGCUCUCCAAAUGCAUAAGCGAACACAUACAGGAGAGAAACCCUAUAAAUGUAAACAAUGUGGUAAAGCCUUUACACAAAGCAUUCAUCUCUGAAUACAUAAGCGAACACAUACAGGAGAGAAACCCUAUGAAUGUAACCAAUGUGGUAAAGCUUUUAUAACAAGGAGAGUCCUCCAAAUACAUAAGCGAACACAUACCGGAGAGAAACCAUAUGAAUGUAAACAAUGUGGUAAAGCCUUCGCAAGCAGUAGUGACCUCCAAAAACAUAAACGAACACAUUCAGGAGAGAAACCCUAUGAAUGUAAACAAUGUGGUAAAGCCUUCGCAAGCAGUAGUGACCUCCAAAAACAUAAACGAACACAUUCAGGAGCGAAACCCUAUGAAUGUAAACAAUGUGGUAAAGCUUUUGCACAAAGCAGUCAUCUCCGAAUACAUAAGCAAACACAUACAGGAGAGAGACCCUAUGAAUGUAACUAGUAUGGUAAAGCCUUUGCAGGAAGCAGUGGUCUCCAAUGCCAUAAAAGAUAAAUACAGGAGAGACACCAUAUGAAUGUAACCAAGGUGGUAAACCCUUUGAAGGAAGCAGUGGUCUUGAAUAUCAUAAUCGAACACACACAGCUGAAAAACCCAGGAAUGUAACCAAUGUGGUAAAGUCUUUGCAGGAAGGAGUGACCUUUAAAGAGAAAAGACCAUACAGGAGAGAAACUCUAUGUAGGUAUCUGAUGUUAUAAAGCCUUUGCAGCAAGCAUUGAUCUCCAAGUACAUAAAUGAACAUAUACCAGAGAGGAACCUUUUAAACGUAACCAAUGUGUUUAACCUUUUUCGAAAACCAAUAGUCUUUACACACAUAAAAGCACAUAUAGUUGAGAGAAAUGCUUUGAUUUUAACCAAUGUGGUUAAACUUUUUCAAAAAGCAGUCAUCAACAAAAUCAUGAAAGAGCAAGUAUAGGAGAGAGAUUUUUGAAUGUUAGCAAUGGUGCUUUUAUAGCUUUUUCACAAAGCAGUGGCCUCCAAAUAUAUAAAGGAACACAUACAGGAGAGAAACCCUAUGAAUAUUGGCAAUGUUUUAAAGGACUUCUACAGCACAAUCAUCUUCAAAUCUGUAAGGAACAUGAGGUUUUGAGAAAUCCUCUGAAUAACACCAAUUAGGGAAAGCAAUUGUACAAAAGAGUCAUCUCCCAACACAAAAGUAUACACACUAGAUAGAAACCCUAUGAAUAUAGGCAAUGUGGUAAACAUUUUAUAAGUCACAGUAGUCUCUAAGUAAAUAAAAAGAGACACAGUUGAGAAAAACACUAUGAAAUGAACAAGUGAACAGAGCCUUGUGCAUUAAAAUCUUCAAAUACAUAAAAGAAGACAUAGAGGUGAGAAAUCCGAUGUCUAUAAGCCAUGUGGUAUUGCUUUCACUUGUCAGUCAUAUUCAAAGACACAAAAGAAAACAAAAUGUAACAAAAGGCUGAGUGUGUUUAAUAUGGUGAAACUUUUUGAAUAUUUUAGAGUCUUCACAAUGAAACAAUUCAUACUGCAAAUAAAUUUAGGAAUAUAAUAUGGUGAAACCUUUUCAGAUUUCCCAAAUCUUCAUCAUUAUGAAUGGGAAACCCAUAAAUGCAUUCAAUAUGGGGAAGCCUUUAAACAUUUCUAAUUCUUUAUAAUCCUGAAAAUAAUCAUACAAAGUUCAAGGGGAUACAAGAAAUGUUUCUUAUUGUCUUGCUUGAGUUACAGUCCUGACAUCCUUUGGUAUGAAUAUCAAUGUGGAAAUUGUGAGUGGAUUCCCUUUCCUCCCCAACUGCUUCUUGGUCAUAAUGUUUAUGCAGGAAUAGAAACCCUGACUAAGACAAAUUGGUAUCAGGAGUGGGGAAUUCCUGUGACAACCUGACCAUGUUUUGGGAGGACUGUGGAAGGACUUUGGAACUUUGGGUUAGAAGAUCCAUUCUGUGUUAAGAACGCUGUGGGAUGUUGUGUAGGAGCUUGGAAGAUAAUGUUGAGAACCGUGCAGAAGAUGGAAGCCUGGCUUGUGAAAUUUCAGAGGGAAAAUUAAAGCCUCUUUUCAGGGCCAUUGUUACUUUGUGAAGAUUCUGUGGUUCUGGUUAACUGGGGCUGAAGAAUCAGCUGUGAUUAACAAGAUAAUAGAAUUUCUAGAGUGAAAACUUUGCAUUACUGGGACUGUUGAUGCUGGUUAGCUGGAGCUAAGAAAUUAGCAGUGAUUAAGAAGAAACCAGCAUCAUUGAAGUGGCAUCAUCUGUGAAGUGUUUUCUGAGAGCACAGAGGAAGUGUUCUAGAGAUAAUCAAGGUGGUACCUUGUGCUGUGGCUGGACUUGGUAGUGUGUAAGUCUUAACCUCGUGGUACUGGUUUUGAAGGCAUGAAGGGAUAAUGCAGAGCAGCUAAGGCCCAGCACUUUGAGAGGCCAUGGAAGGCAACUGGUGAAGGUGCAGACUCAGGUGAAAUUGAUGGCCCAGUACUGAAGAGAUCAUGCAGUGUGUUGGAGUUGACAGGUCCAUGAUUGACCACGAAGAACAGCAGCAGCAGUAAAGUACAUGCAUCUGGAGCAUAGAGGACAAGUUGUGUGCUACAAAGGACAGGGUUGGAAAAGUGACCCAAGCCCUUGGUUCUUUUGGAGUUGUCCAAAAGAUUGUGAGUUGGAUCCCAGACAUUGGACAGUUGGAGUUUAAUUUUUACUUUUGAUUGUGACUGUGCCCUCAUGUUUUUCCCUCUUGAAGGAAACAAGUAUUUUAGUGGAUUCCAUUGUAAAAGGCUUUGGAUUUUGAAGGAUAUUGGAUAUUUUAAAAGCAUUGAACUUUUAAUAUGUAAAGUCUGUGGGGCUUUCAAAGUUGUGUAUAUCUUGGGCAUGAAUAAGAAACUAAGAGUUGAGCAUUA